CAGAGAUCUGAUGAAGGCUGCUUUUUCACCAAGAAUGGCUUACCCCCCACCCCUACCCCUACCCACCUCCACUCCCUGCAAGGGGGGAAGUGGUGAUGUGGUGGUGAAGGAUGGCACACUUCAUCUGGCCGCACUCUGCCGCUGGGACAGCACUGGAAGACAUUCUGAUUGAGAUCUCCCAGCUCGCCUACUGGACACCCUUCUGAGCGUGAAUGCACGAUGGCCGAUGAUGGAGUGGACCCUCUCCAAAGGCGCACAGCAGCCAAGGAUCUGCACAGCGGACCCGCUGAAGACGCGGGGAUCUCUCCGGACGAGCCUGGAUGGAGGCAGAGUCGGAUGGAGGAGCCGGAGCGCCUGGUUCUGUGGAGGAAGCCUCUCCUGACACUGCACUACUUCUCUCUGGAGCUGCUGCACUCUCUGAGUGACUUCACUCUGAGCCUCUGGAAGCGAAGACGCUAUGUGUGUGGCGUUCUACUGCUGCUCCUCCUGCUCUUCAUCGCCUACCAUGUGGAGGGCUCCCACCAACAGUCCGUGCGUCGCGUCGAGAAGACGGUCCUAUGCUGCGCGUACUGGCUCGGGCUGGGGAUCCUGUCCUCCGUCGGCCUGGGCACCGGCCUACACACCUUCCUGCUCUACCUGGGACCACACAUAGCCUCGGUGACCUUAGCAGCGUAUGAGUGCGGUUCGGUGGAUUUCCCUGAGCCCCCCUACCCAGAGAGCAUCCUGUGUCCCCUGGAGGGGGGGGGGUCCGCCACCGGGGGCCCUGCCCACGGCGAGGGCCCCGCGCUGGGCCCGGGCGUCUCUCUCUGGACCAUCAUGUCCAAGGUCCGCCUGGAGGCCUGCAUGUGGGGGGCUGGUACGGCCAUAGGAGAGCUGCCUCCCUACUUCAUGGCGCGCGCAGCCCGGCUCUCCGGCGCCAACCCCAACGACCAAGACUAUCAGGAGUUUGAGGAGAUGAUGGAGCAGGGCGCUAACGCACAGGACUUUGCCAGCAGAGCCAAGAUGGCCGUUCACAAGCUGAUCCAGCAGGUUGGAUUCCUGGGGAUUCUUGCUUGUGCUUCUAUACCAAAUCCUUUGUUUGACCUGGCUGGAAUAACCUGUGGCCAUUUUCUUGUCCCUUUCUGGACUUUUUUUGGAGCCACUAUCAUUGGAAAAGCUGUGAUCAAAAUGCACAUCCAGAAACUGUUUGUGAUCGUCACCUUCAGCAGGCACAUAGUGGAACAGAUGGUCACUCUCAUCGGGUGAAAGAGAAUGGGCGAUAAAUAUCAUCGCCCAUAAAUAUCAUCGCCCACCUCCCUCCAGUUGGACAAAGCCAAGGCCAAGUUUCUGUCUCUCUUGUGACAGGGACUGCCCGGGAUUUUUACGUGUCGCAUUGUGUGACUUGGGUUCAUCCUAUUGAAUAAUACAUGUAUGAAGCACAGCAUGUAGUCAGUGUCACACAAGAGAUUACUCAUGGUUGAUGGAUACAUCUCUUAUUGAUUUUUACAUGCGUAUUGGAGCACUCAGUGAUGGUGUCUGAUUUGAGGGGUUUGUAUUGGUAUUGAGUGUGGUGAAAAGGUUGAAUGGUUUUAAGUUGGUCUUAUGACAAUGCACCUACACUUGUUGUUUGGUGUGUGUGUGUGUGUGUGUGUGUGUGUGUGUGUGUGUGUGUGUGUGUGUGUGUGUGUGUGUGUGUGUGUGUGUGUGUGUGUGUGUGUGUGUGUGUGUGUGUGUGUCUGUCUGUCUGUGCAAAGAAAGUAAUCAAUUCAAAAAUAAAAGUGAAUCGUUGCCUUUAUGUAAUUUUAGCAGAGAUAAGUGGGGUUCAUUUCAUGAUGUAUUAGUACUCAUGAGGGGAAUAACGGUUGAUUUCCAUGCCUAGAUUUAUGUGGAAGUAGAUUUCCUUCACCUCAAAAGACGGUCAUGAAAAAUAGAUAUUUCCUCUAUGCAAAGAUUCUGUCAAUGCGACAGAAUCUGUCGAUUUACAUUAUACACCUAUGUAGACAUUUGGCUGCAUUUUUAACAGGAUUUUUUUGGGGGAUUCCUAUCAAUUAAUAUUUUUAAUUACAGCUACAAAUACUGUUAAAAAUAAUAAUUAGCAAUCUGUGAUAAGAAUCAUCACAUGGAAUGUACCGUUUAUCCCGAAAAGGGUUAGGAAGUACUUUAAUGCAUUUUCCCCAACCUCUGAAAGUGGUCUCAUGAAUUAAACUGUGGGAGUUAUAAAGUUUGAUAGGAUCCACGCAGGCAGGAAUUUAACGACCAAAAGUCCACCACAAUUGUAUUUUCUUUGUUGUUUUCCUUUUUUCUACUCUCUGUUCAUCCUCACAGUGUUUAGACCUGGAAUCUAAUUGUAGUAAAACAAUAUAAGGGCUGCUAUUAUGUAUACUUAAUUCAAAAUCGGCAUAAAUAAUAUAUUUUGAAGUAUGCUGGAGUUGAAUAGCAUUAUGUUUUAUUUAGGAGAAUCUUAGGAGAUAUUUUACUUUUGACAGGAUCUUGAAAAUUGUACAAAACACACAAUGCAAGUCGCGGUUUUUGUAUGUAUUAUAUUUAUUUUUUAAAUAAUACAAAUUCGACCACAACUUAUAAACCAUAUUUAUAUGUUGUUGUUUUACAAUAACAAUCCUCUAAGCUAAACCAAAGUCGGAUUGACAUAUAAUUAAUAUUCCUGAUCAAUAAUAAGGAAUAAUAUUAGCUUAGAAAUUAAUUAUAAACAUGUAAUUUGAACAAGGAUCUUAAGGAAAUAAAUAUAAAAUAUAUAACUUUAUAACUGUAGAUUUAUAACGCUAAUAAUAGGGCCGCAAUAGGUAAGUACAUGAUUUUUUCAAACCUUUUUUCCUUUCUCACUGUUAAUAUAAUUGCGCCAUGCAUGUUGUUUAGAUUAAGUCAAUAGCUGAUGACUGGACCUAAUUGUUUUGCUAGCACAUAAAGUUUGUUAAUGCUGUAAUAAAAAGCUGGAUGUAACUUCAUUUCAACCCCUUUCCUGUUUUAACCAAGGCAAUGAAAAGGAAUCAGUUAACAUAGAUAAGAAAAGCCAAAAAUACAACCAAAUUCAACAGCUUUUUCACAACAGCAAUUCACCCAUUAGAGUUUCUCCUCUUUUAAAUAAGGAAUGUAUUCUUAGCCUGCAAGUCACAAAAUUACAAGAAACACAAAUUGGCCGCCCCUUCAACACCCGUAAAAAGUCCCAUUCUCUAACCAGCCAACCAUAUCGAUAUGGACAUUCUUUGUGAACUUAAAUACUUAACUCAAAGUACUUACAGCGUCUUUUUUAUGAUCACAAUUAAACAAAUCCAUUUCACAGUGAUGAGCUCUGUCAAAAAGACGUGGUGUAUAUCCUGCAAUAGGCUUAAGUUAGAAUAAAAGCUUUCUUUUCAAACACCAAGAGAAGGCUUUGAGAGGUUUACAGAGUGUGUUUUUGAGCACUAGGUUUGAAGUUCUUUUUCUUUGUUAGUUCAUUUGCCCGGGCUCAGUGACUCAGUAUUGCUCAUCAUUCGCUGUAUGAUUCAAGCCCGCCAUUUCUAACAUCAUACCCCUUCUUUGUUCAGACCGUUUCACGUUUCUUCAAUGACUGGCAUUUCUAUUUUGUAUUUCAAUUUCUAGUGAUAAAAUAUUUCAUGGCGGUAAAAGUCUAAAUGUAUGUCAAUUAUUUUGCAGUAUUAAAUAAAACAUUUCAAGGAUUUUCUCUUUCUUAAAUAGAAAAAAGAAACUGAAGACACAUGUUAAAAUUUCCCUCCAAAAAGUAUUUCUGUUAGUCCCCUUUUCUGUUUCACUUCCUGUUGAUUCAAUCUCCUUUCAUUGGAGGGAAACCCUUUAGAUAUAAAGUUAAUCAUUAUCAAAUUGCAUUUCCUGUUGGGAACCCAAUAGAUAACCUUUUCCCUAAAAAAGGUGUGCAUUUCUGUGUGUGUGUGUGUGUGUGUGUGUGUGUGUGUGUGUGUGUGUUUUUGUGUGUGUGUGUGUGUCCUGUGGGUGCGUGCGUAUUCUGUGUGUGUAUGUGUCAUUCUUUGUGCUCUCAAGAGAAAGUUACCAGCCAUAAACCCAACGGUAUAUGACAUUUAUCUGCCCACGCAUCAUGUUGUCCUUUGAAGUGUCCUUGCACUUUGAUGCAGCCUGAACACCGUGCUGCCAGGACACAUGUUCAACUCGACGGGAAUUGGGACAAAACAAUGGGCUCCAACGAUGUCAUUGACUGCGUACAGUCUUGUGAAAAGAGUUGUAAGCUCUCAGGUCUUAAGUAUGUAUUUGUUCAGUGAUUAAUCACUAACUCCGGUGUAGGGAUGGGCCAUUCAACUAUUCUAGGGCAAUUUAUUUUUUCUCCACUUAGAUUGUCGGUCUUUCUUUGUGUGUGUGUGUGUGUGUGUGUGUGUGUGUGUGUGUGUGUGUGUGUGUGUGUGUGUGUGUGUGUGUGUGUGUGUGUGUGUGUGUGUGUGUGUGUGUGUGUGUGUGAGA